CCAGGGGGUUCUGAGUCUACAGUUCACACUAUGCUUUGGACAAAGAGAACAUGAUCAGAAGAUAGCAUCAUACACUAUGAUCAUGGCCCCCCGGAAGAGGAAUCGUCAUGCGUUGGGGUUUCUUUGUUGUUUUGGGGGUAGUGACCUCCCUGAAAUCAACCUCAAGGAUAAUAACCCCCUCCAAUUCCUUGAGUUUUCUGUCCCAAUUCCACCAGCAGAAGAGCUCAAUGCCAGAUUCUCCGAACUUGUGGAUGAAUUGGAUCUCACAGACAAGAACAGAGAGGCUAUGUUUGCACUCCCUCCAGAGAAGAAAUGGCAAAUUUACUGCAGCAAAAAGAAGGAACAAGAAGAUCCUAAUAAGCUUGCUACCAGUUGGCCGGAUUACUACAUUGACCGCAUCAAUUCCAUGGCAGCAAUGCAGACUCUGUAUGCUUUCGAUGAAGAAGAAACAGAAAUGAAAAAUAAAAUAGUUGAAGACUUGAAGACAGCUCUGCGGACUCAGCCCAUGAGGUUUGUGACCAGGUUUAUUGAGCUGGAUGGCCUGAGCUGUUUGCUGAACUUCCUGAAGAGCAUGGACUAUGAGACCUCAGAGAGCCGUAUACACACAUCCGUUAUAGGGUGUAUCAAGGCACUGAUGAACAACUCCCAAGGACGGGCUCACGUCCUGGCUCAUCCAGAGAGUAUCAACAUCAUCUCCCAGAGCUUACGGACUGAGAACAUUAAGACCAAGAUUGCUGUGCUGGAGAUCCUAGGGGCUGUCUGCUUGGUACCAGAUGGUCACAAGAAAGUCUUGCAAGCCAUGCUUCACUACCAAGUCUAUGCUGCAGAAAGGACAAGAUUCCAGACAUUGUUGAAUGAGCUAGACCGAAGCAUGGGGCGAUACCGAGAUGAAGUAAAUCUCAAAACAGCCAUCAUGUCCUUUAUCAAUGCUGUUCUGAAUGCUGGUGCUGGUGAGGACAAUUUGGAGUUCCGAUUACAUCUACGAUAUGAGUUUCUAAUGCUGGGAAUUCAACCUGUCAUUGACAAGCUAAGAGGACAUGAGAAUGCCACACUGGACAGGCACUUAGAUUUCUUUGAGAUGGUCAGAAAUGAAGAUGACCUGGAACUUGCCAAGCGGUUUGACCUGAUCCACAUUGAUACAAAAAGUGCCUCUCAGAUGUUUGAGUUGAUCAAGAAGAGAUUGAAGCACUCAGAUGCCUAUCCCUAUUUGUUAUCCAUCCUCCAGCACUGCUUGCAGAUGCCAUAUAAGAGGAAUGGAGGAAACUUUCAGCAGUGGCAGCUGUUGGACAGAAUACUCCAACAAAUUGUUCUUCAGGAUGAACGAGGAGAUGAUCCGGAUAUAGCUCCACUGGAAAACUUCAAUGUCAAAAAUAUCAUUAAAAUGCUUGUGAACGAAAAUGAAGUCAAGCAGUGGAGGGACCAGGCAGAGAAGUUUCGGAAAGAUCAUGCCGAGCUGAUGAGCAGGCUGGAAAAGAAGGAGCGAGAAUGUGAGACAAAGACCCAGGAGAAAGAUGAAAUGAUGAAGACACUGAACAAAAUGAAGGACAAGCUGCAGAAGGAAUCCUUGGAGCUGCGCCAGACCCGGGACCAGAUGAACGACCUGGUGGCUCAACUUAAUGAGUUCUCGCAAGGGGGCAGCAUUUCCUUCCCACCCCCACCACCCCCGCCUCCAGGUGGCCCAUUAGCUUUGUCCUCUUCUCACACGUCUGAGAAUUUGCCGCCGCUGCCACCUCCUCUGCCUUUCUCCAGCUGUCCCCCUCCUCCUGCUCCACCACCUCCUCCAGGAGGACCUCCUCCCCCACCAGGAGCACCACCUUUCUUCAGCAUGGGAAUGCCACCCCCUUCAACAACCACCUUCAGCAGCAGUGGCACCAGCCUGAAGAAAAAAUCUAUCCCGCAGCCUUCACACCCACUGAAAUCCUUCAACUGGGCUAAGCUGAGUGAGGAAAGGAUCCAUGGCACAAUCUGGAAUGAGAUUGAUGAUUUAAAGGCAUUCAAGGUGCUGGAUCUAGAAGAUUUUGAAAAGAUGUUCUCCGCGUAUCAGAGACACCAGGACCUGCUAACUAACCCCUCCUCCUGUAAGCAGAAAGAGAUGGGUUCCACAGAAGACCUUUACCUCUCCACACGAAAGGUGAAAGAGCUCUCUGUGAUUGAUGGCCGGAGGGCCCAGAAUUGUGUCAUUCUCCUUUCCAAGCUGAAGCUGUCUAAUGAAGAAAUCAGACAAGCAGUCUUGAAGAUGGAUGAACAAGAAGACCUAGCAAAAGAUAUGCUUGAGCAGCUGCUGAAGUUCGUUCCUGAAAAGAGCGAUACUGACCUGUUGGAGGAGCAUAAACACGAAAUUGAGCGCAUGGCCCGGGCGGAUCGUUUCCUCUUUGAAAUGAGCAGGAUUGACCACUAUCAGCAGCGGCUGCAAGCAUUAUUCUUUAAGAAGAAGUUUCCAGAGAGGCUGGCAGAAGCAAAACCAAAAGUGGAAGCCAUUCUUCUGGCAUCCAAAGAACUCAUCCGAAGCAAGCGUUUGAGGCAACUCCUGGAGGUAGUUCUGGCCUUUGGGAAUUAUAUGAACAAGGGCCAAAGGGGAAGUGCUUAUGGCUUCAAAGUCUCCAGCCUGAACAAAAUUGCAGACACCAAAUCCAGCAUAGACAGGAACAUUACACUGUUGCACUACUUAAUUAUGAUCUUUGAAAAGAAUUAUCCAGAUAUCCUAGAUAUUCAGUCUGAGUUGCAGCAUCUUCCAGAAGCAGCAAAAGUCAACCUGGUAGAGCUGGAGAAGGAAGUCAACAACAUAAAGACCGGAUUGAAAGCUGUUGAAGCUGAACUGGAUUAUCAGAAGAGACGCAUGCGGGAAGCAGGGGACAGGUUCGUUCCUGUCAUGAGCGAUUUCAUCACAGUGGCCAGUUUCAGCUUCUCAGAGUUAGAAGACCUUCUCAACGAAGCUAGAGACAAGUAUGCCAAGGCACUGAAGCAUUUUGGAGAGAACGAGGGCAAGAUGCAGCCAGAUGAAUUUUUUGGCAUCUUCGACACUUUCUUACAGUCAUUUGCAGAGGCCAAGCAAGAUCUGGAGAAUAUGAGGAAGAAAAAGGAAGAGGAGGAGCGCAGGGCACGCAUGGAGGCCAUGCUAAAAGAGCAGAGGGAAAAAGAGAGGCGACAAAAGAAAGCAAAAGCUGGAAGCAUCUCCGAAGAGAGUGGGGAGUUUGAUGACCUGGUGUCAGCAUUAAGGUCAGGUGAAGUCUUUGACAAAGACUUAUCCAAGCUCAAGCGUAACCGUAAGCGUUCGGGGAACCAAGGUUUAGAGACAAGCCGGGAGCGGGUGGUGACAAAGCUAAAUUAUUAAUUGCAAGAGGAAGAAAAAUAAUCAACCAAAAGAAGGUGAUGAAAAAGUGCAAAACAAGGAAGAUGAAUGUGUGCGAAGGCACCUGGCUGACAGCUGCCCCAAAGGAUUUCUUUGGUCUGUGGCUAGAGACGUUACCUUUCCGUGAUCAGCUUUCCUCCCAUCCCUCUUCUGUGCUCCUAAUUUGAACCAUUAUAAAAGUGCCUCUGUGGAGCCAGCAGGGCCUGUGACUGGGCCAUGCAGAGCUGACAGAUUUUCUUCUGGGAGUUCAUUGUGUCAUCAAAGGCCUCAUGGUGAUGACAGAAAGUACUUGGGCCUUGCAGACUGCCUCACAGCUGGAGAAAGAUAAUUUUCUGUGUGCCAAAGUAAAAACUAGUCACGAUCUCCAUCUUGCUGAUAACAAGCAAGACUAAUUUCAGAGCAGCUCUGUGAACACCUGUCGCUUCUUCAAGAUCUAGACUGGCCUUCAGGGGCUUGUAAAGAUGUGGUUCUCAAGGUUUCCAAUUCUCUUCCAGAAUUGGAUUUUAUAAGCCAUUGAUUAGCACCUGAAAAAUGCUUUUGAUCUCAUGUUCUGUAUAGUAUUUUUGUGUGGCCUACACUGUCCAAAGCAAGCGAUGCUCAGAAGGAAGUAAUCAGGUUCUGGAACAAAUUGAAAUUCAAGAAUCAGGAUCAACAUAAAAUACUUUGCAAAAGUCUUUUGGAUUCUGCUUUUCUAGAAGAAGUUUUCUGAAAUUUAUUGGUGAUUGAGCCUCGAAGCUAUGAAAUGCAUCUUCUAGGAAAGAAGCUCUGGCUUUUCUUUAGAAAACUAACCCACUGGCAGGUUGGGAUUACAAGUAGAUGACUGUGGAGCCUGUUGUCAUUGCUGGAGAGUGGGAGGGAAACAGCGGAACAUUUCUUACCUGUUUGUGCAAGAUUUCUUAGUGCAGCCCAAUGGAAAUCGGGAGCUCCCUAGUAUCGUCCACAGGUCACAAGUAGCAAAAAGCAAACAGGGUCACUGGCUGCAAGAUAUGAGAUUUCUUUUCCACUUGAUGCUAGCUGUGAUUGCUGUUAGCAUGAACUGGUCUUUCUGUCUAACAGGCUGACCUUCACUGCACACACCCCACUCCUACCUAGGGGAAUCACGUAACUCAGUAAGAUAUGAAUGGUGUCAAAGGAGAGCCUUGGAGCCCACAGCCUUUUUCAUUUUGAAGGGAUCACGUGGGAUGAACCAAUGGAGGGUCCCAUAAUGAAAACUGAGAAUUUUUCCAGGAGGACACAGAAUUGUGUAAGCCAAACAGGCUUUGGAGAUAGGUUAAUUCAUAAGAAAAAAAUAAAUUUGUAUUUAAGCUACAUGUAUGAAGCACCCAGCAAAAAAGCAAAGAACCCCAAGAAGAGGCCUGAAUUCUGAAUUCUGUGUGUCUUCAUGGCUCUAGCAAAGGGAUUGGAUUGUGUGGGCUGUCAUGGGCUUUUUUUUUUCUUUUGAAUCUUGUCUUCCUUUUUUAUUAUCUUCCCUGGAGAAGAAAAAGAGGAAAAGAAAGAAAUGUGAUGGAUUCUUCCUCCUAGACAGAAAGAAAAGAGAGAACAUUUGAGAAGAGGGACCUACCAUCUACAAACUAUGCAUCAACAGUCAAGAGCACAAAAUGUCAAGGAAUCCCAGGGAAGUGAAAAAAGCUCUAUUUGUCACUUUAAUCAUUUGGUUUGAUUUUUCUCUGAAUGUCACGUAACCUCAGGCUCUGCACUGAGUCUGCAGAACAGAACUUCCUCUGCCAUGCACGCUGCCUGAUCAGUAUUACAUACUACCGAUAUCGGAGAAACAAACUGUGGUGGUUUUCUGAACGCUUUGAGAGUAAAAUAAUUAUGUAAACUAUGGAAAGAAGCAAAAAAGUCAGAAUUGUUAAACUCUAAUGUUUCAUUGUUUACUGAAUUUUGAGUCUCCCACCCCAGAAUUUCCCUAUUUACAACAUUCCAGACUGCCGCGCCUCUGUAUAAUACUCAUCGUAAAGAGCUGGUAUCUUACAAGAGCUGGGUGCAUUCUCCUCCCUUACUAUCCCACUCCCCUUCUGGGAUUAGCUAUUAACAGCAAUGCCCAUUGCAGCGGACACAAGCACCUUGUAGAAGAAA